AGAGGUAUACUUGCAAUGGCGGAAGGAGACGAGCUUCUGCCACUGUCAACGUCGGGUGGGGACAGUUGGGAAAAAGAUCUUGAAGAAGCCCUGGAAGCAGGAGGUUGUGAUCUUGAAACCUUGAGAAAUAUAAUUCAAGGGAGACCACUGCCUGCUGAACUGAGGGCCCAGGUUUGGAAGAUCGCUCUGAACGUUGCAGGAAAAGGCGAUAGCUUAGCAUCCUGGGAUGGUAUUUUAGACUUGCCCGAGCAGAACACCAUUCAUAAAGAUUGCCUAGAGUUUAUUGAGCAGCUCUCAGUGCCAGAGGAGAAGGCAGCAGAUUUACUUCUGGAUGUGGAGUCUGUAAUUACUUUUUACUGUAAAUCACGCAAUGUUAAGUACAGCACAUCCCUGAGCUGGACCCACCUUCUCAGGCCACUGGUGUGUCUCCAGCUGCCUCGCAGCGACCUGUACAACUGCUUUUAUGCCAUCAUGAAUAAGUACAUUCCCAGGGAUUGUUCCCUGAAGGGGAGGCCAUUUCAUCUCUUCUGAUUGCUCAUCCAGUACCAUGAGCCUGAACUUUGUUCUUUUCUUGAUACAAAGAAAAUCACUCCAGACUCCUAUGCACUCAACUGGCUUGGGAGCCUUUUUGCACAUUACUGUUCCAUUGAAGUCACCCAGGCAAUACGGGAUGGAUAUCUACAGCAAGCAGAUCCAUUUUUUAUUUAUUUUUUAAUGUUAAUUAUCCUUGUAAAUACAAAAGAAGUCAUUUCAGCACAAGAGUCUGAGAGCAAAGAAGUAGUUAUCCACUUCUUGGAAAAUACUCCAUCUAGCUUGAAUCUGGAAGCUAUAGAAGACCUCUUCUCUUUGGCUCAGUAUUACUGUAGUAAAACACCAGCUUCUUUUAGGAAGGACAAUCAUCAUCUCUUUGGUAGUACGCUAUUGGGAAUCAAGGAUGAAGAGGCAGAUCUGAGCCAGGCUCUGUGUCUGGCUGUUUCGGUGUCAGAGAUCCUUCAAGCAAACCAGCUGCAAAGGGAAGGAGUCUGGUUCUUCGUGGUGGACUGCCGUCCUGCAGAACAGUAUAAUGCCGGGCAUUUGUCAACGGCCUUCCACUUAGAUUCAGACCUGAUGCCAGAGUUUGCACAGUCAGUGAAGUCCUUGCUGGAAGCACAGAAGCAGUCCCUUGAGUCUGGCUCCAUAGCCAGUGGGGAGCACCUCUGUUUUAUGGACAGUGGCCGAGAGGAAGAAGACAUGUAUAUGAACAUGGUGCUGGCACACUUUUUACAGAAAAACAAAGAAUAUGUUAGUAUUGCCAGUGGAGGAUUUAUGGCCCUGCAGCAGCACCUGGCCGACAUUAAUGUGGAGGGACCAGAAAGUGGAUAUGGCCAUUGGAUUGCUAGUACCUCAGGCUCAAGGAGCAGCAUCAGUUCUGUUGAUGGUGAAUCUUGUAAUGGCUCAAAUGAUAGAGGAAUGAAGUCCCUUGUAAAUAAAAUGACUGUGGCUCUAAAGACGAAAUCUGUUAAUGUCAGGGAGAAGGUCAUCAGUUUUAUUGAGAAUACAUCAACUCCUGUGGACCGGCAUGUGAGCAGCAGCGACCGAGUGGGCAAGCCUUACUGUGGAGUAAAGCCCGUGUUCAGCAUUGGGGAUGAAGAGGAGUACGACACAGAUGAAAUUGACAGUCCUUCAACGUCAGAUGAUGACAGAAAGGAAGUGGUAAACAUUCAGACCUGGAUAAACAAGCCAGACACCAAGCAUCAUUUUCCCUGUAAAGAAGUCAAGGAAAGUGGACAUAUGUUUCCCAGUCACCUGCUCGUAACUGCAACACAUAUGUACUGCUUAAGGAAGAUUCUUUCUCGGAAAGGACUGGCUUACAUCCAGUCUCGACAAGCACUAAAUUCUGUAGUUAAAAUUACGUCCAAAAAAAAGCAUCCCGAGCUGAUUACCUUCAAGUAUGGAAACAGCAGUGCUUCCGGGAUAGAAAUCUUGGCUAUUGAAAGGUAUUUGAUUCCAAAUGCAGGAGAUGCUACCAGAGCCAUAAAACAGCAGAUCAUGAAAGUGUUGGAUGCUUUGGAAAGUUAAUGUAAAAGAAAGUUAUUUAAGUGAAAUUAUGGCAACCAAGAGAAACAUGAAAAUAUAUUUCCUGACUCAAUACUAA